AUGCCCUUAUACUUCAUAGGUUUGGGUUUGGGAGACGAGCGAGACAUAACUCUGCGGGGCUUGGAAACAGUUCGCUCGUGUGAUCGGGUUUUUCUCGAUGGUUACACGUCGCUCCUGCGAACGGACUUGGGUCAGCUCGAAGACCUCUACGGAAAGAAAGUCACCAUCGCUGACCGUGAAAUGAUUGAAGAAAAUGUAUCGAGUUUGCUGGAGCCAGCGAGGACUGGAAACGUCGCCUUUCUCGUAGUUGGUGACGUUUUCGGCGCAACGACGCAUCACGACCUGGUGUUGCGAGCCCGGCAACUCGGAGUUGAGUGCCGCUUCAUCUUCAACGCGAGCAUCUUAACCGCAGUGGGAGUGUGUGGACUCCAGCUUUAUCGAUUUGGCGAGACAAUUUCCCUCGUGUUCUGGACAAACGCUUGGCGACCGACCUCCUGGUACGAGAAACUCGAGGCGAAUCGCCGCCGCGGCCUCCAUACCCUCUUCCUACUGGAUAUUCGCGUACAUGAACCGAGUGAGGAGAGUUUGGCUCGAGGAGUCAAGGUUUUCGAACCACCUCGCUUCAUGACGAUUGCUGAUGCUGCACAGCAGCUACUUACCCUGUGGAGAGAGAGAGCCCAACUGCUUGGUCGCGAGACGGACGAAACCGGAGCCGGAGCAUUUGCCUAUGACUCGGAUACGCUUUGUAUUGGGCUCGCUCGUGUUGGACAAGUCGAUGAGCUGAUGGCGGUCGGUACAUUGAAGGAAUUUUCCGGGAAAGAUUUUGGUCCACCGCUCCAUUCUCUGGUCAUGCCAGGUGAUUUGCACGCUGUCGAAGCAGAGUACCUGGCAUCGUUGCCGAGGGCUUCAAGUUUGCAGACACUUCUCGUGUAG